CUCAGUGUACACCGAGAAGUCACCGCGGUCGGAUGGGAGGAUUAGAUUGCGAGAAGUAAGGCGCGCGCGCAAAAGACGUAAAGAGGGGCGAGAGAAAGAGUUGGCUUUCGGUCAGUAGUGUGUCGUGCAGCGAACGCGCGCGCGUCUUGGCUCGAGUGAUCUAGAAAACGUAUCGAACGUCCGGGUGUAUCUCGGAUUGCAAAAUUAUUUCGACACAAACGCCAUUUGUUUAAAAUAAUUUCGUCAAAGUUUGCAAACAGUUCACACCUCGAGCCGCGCGUCAGUGAAAUCUUCUUUAUGCACCGCGCGCCAUUCUACCGGAUUUCAAAAUUCUUAACACCAAAACGCCGAAGGUAGCAUGCAAAAUCACAAAUGGGUCGCAAUGAACAUCUUACUCUUUCUCUUCAUUGGCUCACUACAUACUACAAUUGGCAAUCCUAUCCGAGACAGGUUAAAGAGGGAAGCGGAAAUAGCCGCGACCAACUGGACGCAACUCGCGGACGCAUGGUUCGCUGACAGAGCAAGAGCCGCAGAAGAGAAGGUGGACAUCGUUACCAUUCUACCACUAAACGACAAACUCAGGGACCUGCCACCGACCGCAGAAACCGUUCUCAUCAAUGGCACCAAUCCGAAUUUGCUCGCAAGGUAUAAUUACUCUCGGAUGUUAUGGGACAUGGAAUCUGUGCAGUCGAGCGGACAUCUUUCUGGAUUCGUGAAUAAAGCGUUAAGGUUGCUAGACUUGAGGCAAGUAAUGAUGGAGGUUGAGACGUCUGUAAUGUCGCAAGUAUCUUGCUCCGCGUGUAAAAUUGGCGCGGGACUUCUUCAACACUACAUAAAGACUGGCAAAAGUGACGAAGAGAUUAUGAACAGUAUUUAUCAAUUUUGUAUAUCGCUUAAAAUCCAAAGCCCUCGAGUCUGCCAAGGAGUGACGUUACUUUUUGGGGGAGAAGUUAUUUACGUUUUAAAGCAAGUGAACAUGGGCCCACCGCAAAUCUGUAGUUUCGUAAUUGGGGACGCUUGCGAGGACGCGUACAAUCCUCUGCACGAGUGGGAGGUGGCCUUCCCACCGGUGAACAAACCGCCUGUUAAACCUCCGAUACCACCUCAAGAAGGUGCGCCGACCUUCAAAGUCCUUCAUAUCUCUGAUACGCAUUUCGAUCCUUACUACCAAGAGGGCGCGAACGCGGAUUGUAACGAACCAUUAUGCUGCAGAUUGACCAACGGAGCACCCCUGACUCCAGCCACUGGUGCUGGCCGAUGGGGUGACUACAGAAAAUGCGACACGCCAAAAAGAACAGUCGAACAUAUGCUCAAACAUAUCGCUGACACGCAUACCGAUAUAGAUUACAUAUUGUGGACCGGUGACUUGCCACCUCACGAUGUGUGGAACCAAACGCGCGAGGAGAAUUUGAACAUUUUACACGAUACGGUGACACAGCUCAUCGAAACGUUCCCUGGAAUUCCAAUCUUUCCAGCUCUAGGAAACCACGAAACUGCUCCCGUUAAUAGUUUUCCACCACCAUUCGUUCCAAAAGAAAACGAUAUAUCCUGGUUAUACGACGCACUCGACACACAUUGGAGACGCUGGUUGCCAGCUGGAGUUUCGCGCACCGUUCGAAGAGGUGCCUUUUAUUCGGUCUUGGUGCGUCCAGGUUUCCGAAUUAUCUCUGUAAACAUGAAUUAUUGCAACAACAAAAACUGGUGGCUGCUAAUCAAUAGUACAGACCCAGUAAGUGAAUUACAAUGGCUCAUAUAUGAGUUGCACGGAGCUGAAAUGAGUGGUGAGAAAGUUCAUAUUAUUGGGCACAUACCACCUGGUCAUUCGGAUUGCUUGAAGGUGUGGUCUCGAAAUUAUUAUCAAAUCAUCAAUCGGUAUGAGUCAACUAUCGCAGCACAAUUCUUUGGACAUACUCACUACGACGAAUUCCAACUCUUUUACGAUACCUCUGAUCUUGGAAGAGCUGUCAGUAUAGCUUACGUUGGACCGUCAGUUACACCUUAUAGUGACCUUAAUCCAGGAUAUAGAAUAUAUUACGUUGAUGGGGAUCAUGAAAAAACUACUAGAUUAGUUGUGGACCAUGAGACCUGGGUGAUGAAUUUAAAAGAAGCAAAUUUGUACGACUACCCUAUCUGGCAUAAAAUGUACAGUGCCCGACAAGCGUACCAAAUGUCGUCCCUGUUGCCGAAAGAUUGGGACUCUUUGAUAGAUAAGAUGAGUAAUGAACCGUCGCUCUUUGAUCUUUAUUACAAACAUUACAACAAAAAUUCCCCUGUAAGACCAUCGUGCAACGACGAGUGUCGAAAAAGGUUGCUUUGCGAUUUGCGAAGCGGAAGGAGUCACGAUCGCAAAGCACUAUGCCAAAGUCUCGAAUCCAGGAUAGAUAACGAGACAAGAACAGGGUGGCGAGUUUGGAUUUACAACGGACUAUCUUUGUCACUGUCCAUUGUCAUGGCAAUUCCACGAUUUGCAUACAAUUUACCCAAGUAUGUGCUAGGUCUAGGAUAAAUAUAGAUAAAGAUUCGCUGGAUGACGUGUCGAUGUAAUUUAUGACAUUAAAUUAUUAAACAUUUAAGACACCGAUAAUAUUUCGGUGGCUAGGUGUUACAACACAUACAAUAGUAUGUACAUACCAUGAUAAAACAGUAUGGUUUCAUAACGUACAAGUGUAUCCUUUCGGGUGCACGUUUAGUUAAAUAUGUAUUUCAUUAACGACAGAUUUUGUACCGUAUAAUUUAAUUCUAUAGAAAGAUUGACAUUUAAUUGUAUUUGAAAUGUCUUUUUUUCAUUGCGAUCGGUUAAAUAUGGUACAAAAUCUUUUAGUAGCGCUGAAGAUAUUUGUUAAAAACAGGUUUCUUCGCUUGUAUUCGUUUAUUAUUUAGGUUGUAGACAUGACGUCUUACAUUUACAAAUCUAGAUGCACCUGGCCGGAAAAUUGUAUUUUUAUUUAAGUUACAUUUUAUUCCAUUCUUUUCACUUAUUUAUUUCAUUUGCAUCAAGUUUAUGUUGCAACAUUUAACUUCCAAAAAAGAAUCGUCAGGUUCGUUAAGAAGAGUUACAAAUUGAUUAUACAGUAUAGUACAUACGGAGCAAGUUUAAAUUCUCCAGAAAAAUAAUAUUAAGAAAUAUUUUAAUUUUGCCACUGAUUUUGUUUUCUGAAACUGAACUCUUUACUUUUUCUAUGCUUCUGUAUUGUAGAAAGAAUUCGAUCAGUGGUUUUAUUUAUGUUACUUUAAUGACAAAGUUUUUGAAAUAAUUGCGAACUGGUGCAGGUGGCACAAGAAUGAAGCUAAAUCAGAAUUAGAAUAAUUUAAACAUUAGAAGUAGAAAGCGUGAUAUUUGAUUGAGAUUAUGCACAAAACAGCGUUGAAUAUAGUAUAUUGCAUACAAGUUGACAUACAUUACAUAGUUACGCGUUGAAUUUAUUAAGUCAAAUUAAAUUUGUAGGCAAAUCCAAUAGAAGUUUACGUUUGUUUAAAUUCAAGAUUAAUGUAGACAAAUUGUAUUCGAUCGUUACUAUAUUUAAUUAUUUUAACAUAUUUAGUACCUCAUGCAUUGCAUUCCGUAACGUAUUUUUAUUUUUCUAUACUUUUUGCAUUCUAUUCAGUUUGAAUAUAUGCAUAGCAGAAUUAAAUCGAAGGUCUGGUUUAUAAUCUUACCUUCUGUGUUAAAUAAUAAAAAGUACUGCAACUGUCCAUGAUGCUUGCUAUUCAAAUACCACUUAAUAAAUGCAUCGAUAAAACGUUUGCAAAACAUAUUACUUUCGUGUCCUAUACAUACAUUUAAUAUACAAAAAAUAUUUUUAUAUACAAUUUUGCUUUUUAAAUAUACACGAUUAAGAGAUACAACAAUUUCAAAUUUAAUAUUUCAAUGAAGCACUAUUUUCUGCGUUACAUAAUUUUUCAGUCUGUAGAAUAAAAGUUUGAAUCUUAUUUGAUUUAAUACAAGUAUAAAGUGUGAUACUGUUUUACAGCAAUAUAAAUAACAAUAGGAACAGAACUCCUAAACUUUUUAUUAUUUAUAAACGGGUGAUUCAGUAUUGGUGAUAAUAAUCGUACUCAUACUACUCCGUUGGAUAAUUCUUUUUAGAUCCUAACUAGAUAACUGUAGAUAUCGGCAUAUGAAAUAUUUGAAUUUUUCUAUAUAGAGAAAUUUGAUAUCGUUCAUCGAGGAACGAGAUUGAUAAUCAUUUACAUUACUCUAGUGUAGAUUAAAAAUAAAUCGUAAGGUCAAGUUGAGAUUACGUAUGUGCAAAUGGUUAUCGAUUCUCGCUAGUUGUUAGUUAAUAUCGUAUUUUAUCUAAAUGUCUCUAAAUAUUCCCGUGCUUAACCCGCGGAUAACUUUCGUCGAGUUUGACUUCUGGGGUCAUUCGAGGCCAUUGACCACGAACUUCAAUUUUAUCAGUUUUUAAUUGGAUGAAUCUACAGUGUUUACAGAAGAAAAAUAGUUCGCUCACUGUUUGCUAGUAUUUCGCGAGAUCAGUUGAAAUUAAAGAAGUCCUAGGAUUAAGACAAAAUCUAGCAGACUUAGGAUGAAUUACAAAAUCUUUACUUUUGUCCGUUCCCCAUUUAAUCAUUGAUUACUAACGCCACGUACAACUCGCAAGCAAAAUAAGCACUUGGUAGCCUAUUAACGUAAUUAUGUUUCAUAUCUUCAGUUAUGCCCAGAGUUCCUCUGCGUUAAGAGUACAUAGUUAAGAGUUAGGUAUGUUACGAGUUCAAUUGCGUUGUUCGAGUCAUGAAGGAUGCGAGUAAUUAUGACAAUCGUGUAUGUGAGACCGUCGAGUGUUUAUUACGAGAAUAAUAUAAUAUGUUUAUUGUUUAA